CUGCCUCGACACUAUAACAUAAGAGGAUGUCCAACCCUGAGAAAUGACGCCCCCAUUCCCCCCCUGAACAGUGGGAAAACACACUACAGCAGUCCGGAGUUGAGCAGCUGCGCCAGAGUGCGGCGCAGCCGGGGAGGAGAUACGCGAACGCCGCCGCUCUCAGUGCCGUUCUCCGGCUCCUCUCGAGACGAGCCGUCUUCGCCUCCUGGCUUCAUUUGUCAACAUUGUACUUGGAGGAGAGGACGGGGCGCGUCUACAUAUUGGACGUAGAUACUACAGUGCGCGUAAAACACGGCAUUCUAUAGCGUCUUAUAGACUUGACGCGCUUUGAUGUCAUCCGGCGGAUCAGGGUCGGAUCGUUUCAUUUAUAACAUAUUAAACUAGACGCAUAUCAUAUCAAGAGUUAUCAUUACUCGCUUGCGGUCAGACAUGGAAGAUGGUCCGCCUUCCACAAGCUGUUUCCGAAGGUUCACGGACUGUUUCCUUGGCUCAAGUCUGACGGAUGAGAAAGUGAAGGCUUAUCUCUCCCUUCACCCGCAGAUGCUGGAUGAGUUUGUGCUGGAGAGUGUGAGUUCGGAGACCGUAGACAGAUGGCUGAAACGGAAAAACAGCAGCCAGCCUGCAGAUGAAUCUUCAGCUAAAGAUGUCAGCAGGUACCAGGACACGAAUAUGCAGAGCGUCGUAUAUGAGCUCAACAGCUACAUGGAGCAGCGGCUGGACACUGGAGGAGACAACAAACUACUGCUCUAUGAGCUGUGCAACAUCAUCAAAACAGCCACAAAAGCUGAUGGAUUUGCACUUUACUUCCUUGGAGAAUGCAACAAUAGUUUAUGUUUGUUUACUCCGACGGGGGCAAAAGAGGGGCUUCCUGGGCUCAUCCCCUCUGGUCCCAUCACAUUUGGGACCACCAUUGCCGCUCACGUUGCAAAGACACGCAAGACACUACUUGUAGAGGACAUCAUGGGGGACGAGAGGUUCCCUCAUGGCACAGGGCAGGACUCAGGGAUCCGUGUACAUUCUGUUUUGUGUCUACCCAUCCUCACCGCCAUCGGAGACCUCAUCGCUAUCCUGGAGCUGCACCGGCACUUGGGCAGAGAGCCCUUCAACCUCAGCCACCAUGAGGUUGCAACAGCAAAUUUGGCCUGGGCAUCUGUAGCCAUACACCAAGUCCAGGUCUGCAGAGGUCUUGCCAAACAGACGGAACUCAAUGACUUUCUCCUAGAUGUGUCAAAAACAUACUUUGACAACAUAGUGGCAAUAGAUUCUCUACUUGAACAUAUCGUGAUAUAUGCAAAAAACCUGGUUAAUGCAGACAGAUGUGCGCUCUUCCAGGUAGAUCACAAUAAUAAAGAGCUGUACUCUGACCUGUUUGACAUCGGGGAGGAGAAUGAAGGGAAACCCGUCUUUAGGAAAACCAAAGAAAUUAGGUUUUCUAUAGAGAAAGGAAUAGCAGGCCAGGUGGCGAGAACAGGAGAAGUUUUGAAUAUUCCGGAUGCCUAUGCAGACCCCCGUUUCAACAGAGAAGUAGAUCUCUACACUGGCUACACGACGCGGAAUAUCCUGUGCAUGCCCAUAGUCAGCCGCGGGACUGUGAUUGGUGUUGUACAAAUGGUCAACAAGCUGGGAGGAAGUGCCUUCACUAAAACUGAUGAGAACAACUUUAAGAUGUUCGCCGUCUUCUGUGCUUUGGCCUUACACUGUGCAAAUAUGUAUCACCGGAUAAGACAUUCAGAGUGCAUUUACCGGGUGACGAUGGAGAAGCUUUCGUACCACAGCAUCUGCACAUCAGAGGAGUGGAAGACCCUCACACAUCUCUCCCUCCCUUCAGCCAUAUAUAAAGAGAUCGAACUGUUUCACUUUGACAUUGCUCCUUUUGAGGAACUUUGGCCUGCAAUAUUUGUAUACAUGGUUCACAAUUCAUGUGGAAAAAACAGCUUUGAGCAGGAGAAACUGUGUCGCUUCACUAUGUCAGUGCGGAAAAAUUACAGACGAGUUCCAUACCACAACUGGAAACAUGCUGUGACGGUGGCACACUGCAUGUACGCCAUCCUGCUAAAAACCACUGGGAUCUUCACUGAGCUUGAGAGGAAAGGCUUGCUGAUUGCCUGCUUAUGUCAUGACCUGGACCACCGCGGCUACAGUAACAGUUAUCUGCAGAAGUUUGACCAUCCGCUGGCUGCUCUGUAUUCCACAUCCACCAUGGAACAGCAUCACUUUUCACAGACGGUGUCCAUCCUGCAGCUGGAAGGGCACAAUAUUUUCUCCAACCUGACUUCCAGUGAGUAUGAGCAGGUGCUGGAGAUCAUCAGGAAGGCCAUCAUCGCUACAGACCUCGCUUUGUACUUCGGCAACCGCAAGCAGCUGGCUGAACUGCUGGCCACAGGGGUGCUGGACCUGAACAACCGUGCUCACAGGGACCGUGUGAUCGGUCUGAUGAUGACGGCCUGUGAUCUCUGCUCUGUGACCAAACUGUGGUCCGUCACACAACUCACAGCCAAUGACAUCUAUGCUGAGUUCUGGGCUGAGGGGGAUGAAAUGAAGAAGAUUGGAAUGCAGCCCAUCCCUAUGAUGGACAGGGAUAAAAAGGAUGAGGUUCCCCAGGGACAGGUCGGGUUUUACAAUGCUGUGGCUAUUCCCUGUUACACCUCCCUGUCAGAGCUGUUUCCUCCCUCCGGUCCUCUGCUUACAGCCUGCAGGGAAAACCUGGCCCAAUGGGAACGAAUCGUGCAAGGAGAGGACACCUCUGUGUGGGCUUCUACUAACAAGGCCGAACUGAGCGAGACAUCAGACAGUGGACCAGUAAAAGUGGACAAUUGAAUCCGUGGCACCUGUCCCACAGCACCACCUACACCCUGCCAGAGACACUGGACUUCCUGUGGACAGUCCCACAUCCUGCAGAGACAGGAUGAAGCGCAGAGGCCAGGCGGGGAAGUAUACAUUCAGAAAAAAUAAACAAAACAUAAUGUUACCUCAGUGGGUGACGGAGGCGUACACUCUAAUGACAUCAGGGCUCCCUUGUUGAUGGCUGGGACUCAAGUCCACUCUGUGUGGGAUCACUUCAGCAGAAUGGCAGUACUUGUCCUUAGGAGGUUGCUUCUGCAUAUUUUCGUUUAGGUGAUUAUUUUUCUUUAUCUCAGUUUCUUUCCUGGUCUUACAUUUGAAGAGGCCUUAAAUACGAACCUGAGUUACGAUCUGGUUGGGUGACUUGCAACUAGAAGAUUGUUCGUCUAGUUUAAUAUGGUACUUUUUAUCCUGCUGUGGUCACAAAUGUUGUACGCAAUGAGUGGAUUUAUUUUUUAAGACAGACAGAAAGAAUGUUAAGUCGCAGUUAAGGUGCAUAUGAGGCACGAUAAACCGAUCGCUCUGGUGGUCUGAUGGAUGUUUUAUAUAAUAUUUUGAGCAAAAAUGUUUUGCAGUACUUGAAUGAAGAAAUACAGCCUAUUCUGAGUGGAGUUGAAAACAAAAGCGCGUCCUUCCAAAGCAACAAGCUUUUGUGAUGGCAUAAGUUUCACUCUGAACCUUACUGUAUUCACACACAAGUCACGGUGUUCCUCGCUGAAAUGAAACUGUCACAAUUGCAGCCAAUGGCAAACAAGAAAGGGGCAGAGUGUAAUCGAGUGAGUUUGUAAGUUUUAUUAUCAGUUAAAAUCCUUACAAAACUACAGUGCUUAACAAAUUUAUUA